AUGCUGAUCAACUUGUCCGCCGUAUGGGCGGCGUUUGCUCUCUCUGGAGUCCUGGCACUGCCAACAUGGCCGUCCUCCGUUGACGAGCUAGAAGACCUCAUGUUUCUCAACACCGGCUACCAUGCCCGAGGAUUCUCAGCCGGCGUCACUCCGUGCUCAUUUUCCCAGCAAGGCCCGUCUCGAGUCGCAUCCGCUGAGUGGGUGCGCACUGCCUUCCAUGACAUGGCCACAGGAAGCUCCUUUACAGGCGUGGGCGGCCUGGAUGCCUCGAUCGUGUUUGAGCUGGGCGGCAAAGGGGGCGAAAACAUCGGAGCAGGGUUCAACACCACGCUGGAGACCUAUACCCCCUUGUUCUCUACGCGGUCUUCCAUGGCUGACUUGAUAGCUCUGGGCGUCUACACAGCCGUUAGGUCCUGCGGAGGGCCGGUCGUCCAGGUCAGGACCGGGAGAAUCGACGCCACCGCACGGGGGCCGAUUGGGGUGCCGCAGCCUGAGAACUCCCAGGGCACCUUUAUCAACCAGUUUACGCGUAUGGGGUUCAAUGUCUCGGACAUGAUCGCCGUCACUGCGUGCGGACACACGAUGGGUGGAGUCCACGCCUCAAACUUCCCCCAGAUCGUUGUCCCCGGGUCCACGCCAAACGACUUUCAGCUGUUUGAUUCAACUGUUGCCUUCGACGAGAAGGUGGCAGCGGACUUUGUGGGCGGAGUGGGCGGAAACCCACUUACUAGCACAACAGCGAAGCGAAACCAGCGGGACGCAGAUACGAAAGUCUUCACGGCCGACCGGAAUGUCACAAUCAAGGCAUUGGCGGACCAAGCUACUUUCCGAUCUACAUGUGCCAGAGUCCUCCAGAAGAUGAUAGAGGUCGUUCCCUCGGGCGUGAACCUGACGGCCCCCAUAGCACCCUACGAAGUGAAGCCAGGCAGGCUGCAGCUCUCCCUGGCUGGCAAUGGCAGCGUCAUCGCCUUCACUGGUGAAAUCCGGGUCAGAACCACCUCCCGGCCGAUCACUUCUAUCUCAAAGGUCGAGCUUGUCUACAAGGACCGUACAGGAGGCUCUAGUCGUGGAUCUUGUGUUAUCACUGCUGAGUACAAGGGCACCGCUGAGGGCUUUGAUGAUUCCUUUGCAUUCUAUGGAUUUGAUGCCAUCUUCCCCGUUGAGACAGCCAUCUCCAAGUUUAACGUACGAGUCGUUUUGAACAACGGAGAGACCGUCCUUUACGAUAACAAUGGUUUUGGUUACCCUGUUCAGGAUACGAUUAUGCUUCAAUCCAAACAGAGCUGCGUUGUGGGAGGAAAUGUGCCUGGGAAUCUCGUUGUAGUAGCCGCUACAACCGUUGGUCCUUAUACACUGUAUGCUGGAAACCUAACCCUUGCAGCUGCGUACAGGUCCAAUGCCAAAUUCGAUGUCUCCUUCACGAGCGGUGGAGCAGUGAUAUCGGAUUCGUUCAAGAACACCGCAGACCUGGGCUCAACCUGUGCCCCCUUUGGCUCAACCGACCCCACGAUGCCAGACUACACCUUUGAUGGAUGCUACACCGAUACCCCUGAGUCAAGGGCCCUCACGAGUGCUGCCUUUGUGAACCAAAACAUGACGGUUGCCGCAUGCUCUAGCCUUUGCAAAGGCUACCAGUUCUUCGGCCUUGAGUAUGGAACUGAAUGUUACUGCGGAGACACGAGAAGUAACUCCAGCAUGCAAGCACCCAAGUCGGAGUGUAACCAGCCAUGCGGUGGUGAUAGCUCUGAGACAUGCGGUGCAGGAUACCGGAUCGCUAUCUAUAAAGACGACAAAUGGGUACCCAUCACCAGUCCUCAGAUACCGGGGUACAACUACACGGGAUGCUACAGCGACUCCCCCAGUAACCGAACCCUGUCAGGCAGCUUCACGUACAACGAAAAGAUGACGGUAGAACUGUGUGCCUCCUUCUGCAAUGGCACAAAAUACUUUGGCGUAGAAUAUUUCAGCGAGUGUUACUGUGGAGCCAAUACGUUCCCUGGGAGCACCAUCCAGCCUGAAUCGGACUGUGGCUUCUUCUGCUCGGGGAACAAAACCCAGCACUGUGGUGGAAGCAAUAGGAUAAACAUAUAUACGAAACUCGACAUGUGA